AACCGACGCCUGAACUCUUCUUGUUCAGCGGAUCGAGUCUCAGUUCUCAUGUGGAGGAGCCACUUGGUCCAAAAAAGGGGACAAAAUGUUAACCGACGUGAUUUUGGAGGAAGGGUUUGAGAAGAAUUCGGAAUCUUGGUAUGACGCGCACGACCUCGAACACGAUCUGUACUUGGCAGCAGAACUCGGGAAAACCCUCCUGGAGCGGAACCGAGAGCUGGAACAGGCCCUGCAGCAGAUGUACUCCAACAACCACGAUCAGCUCCAGGAGAUCGAGUAUUUAACUAAGCAGGUGGAGCUGCUGCGUCAGACGAACGACCAGCAUGGCAAAGUGUACGAGCAGCUUGACAUCGCUGCCAGAGAUCUGGAACGCACGAACCGAAAACUCAUUCAGGAUAACCGCCUGAACCAGCACAAGAUCAGCAGUCUAACAGAGACCAUCGAUGGACUUCAGACUCACAUAGAAGACCUUCAGUCCCAGGUGGAGGAAUUGAAGGCUGUCCAGACAGCAAGAAAGAAGCGAGAGCUCGCUGAACAACGGCGCAGUCUUGGAGCUCAAAGCGUAUCCUGCCUCAAAGAGCUGUACGACCUACACCAUGACAGAACUGACAGUUGGUGUACAGAUGACCUCUGGUCACCUUUGAGCUCCAUCCGGGAUCGAGACAGACGAGAAGAUCCAGAGGAGGUACAUGCAAGGCUCCAGCGCAUCAUCCAGGGCCUUCAGAACCAGAUCGCUGUGGAACGGAGCCGCAGGGAGGCUGUGGAGCAGGAGCUGGAGGUCACAGCCCGAGAGUACCGGGAACUGGAGCAACAUCUAGCGCUGCUGGCGGGCUGCCAGGUCAGACAGAAGGAGCUGGAAUAUGAAGUGGAGCAACUCCGGCAUCUGUGGCACACAGACUGUGCCAAAAGCACCAGAAGUGCACACCAGCUGCUCCUGCCAGACACAAUGUUCUUUGGAGCAGAGGAGAAGUCCACCCAGGGUGAGGAGGCGGAGGAGGAGGCCGAAAACGAGGAAGAGCAAAGAGGACGUUAUCGCCGACAGAGGUGCAAGAGCGACAGCUUUUUGAGAUGGUCUAACGCAGAGGAGAUACGUCGCAGUCAUGAGCAGACGUGCAUCAGGCGAGCAGAAGCAGUGAAGCAAAGGGGUGUGUCUCUGCUCAAUGAGGUGGAUGCACAGUACAGCGCUCUGCAGGUGAAAUAUGAAGCCCUCCUGCAGCGGUGCCAGCAGUCAGACCGACUCAGCCAUAAAGGCGUUCAGACGUCCAGCGCUCCCUCCGCAGCCUGCCGGAUCCAUCGCCGCCUGUCAAACUCGGCAGCUUUAUCUGAUCUUGGUUUGGAGGAUUUCCAACAGCCAGAGUACAAGACUCUGUUCAAGGAGAUUUUUACCCGCAUUCAGAAAUCCAGGGAGGACCUGAGCGAGAACAGGAGGGCAGUUGUGAACAUUUUGCCAAAUGACUGAAAUUGUACCAUUGUUUGUCCUUGGCAACUAUGCCUGC